AUGACCUUUCAAUCGGAUAAUGGGAAAGCCUUUGUGGGAGACCUGACGAAAGAACUCAUGAGAAGAUCCCACAUUGCACUGGCACAUUCGACGACCUACCAUCUACAAACGAAUAGACUAGUGGAAGAGCAGAACAAAAUGCUAGUGAAUAUGCUCAGGGUAAAUUGCUCGAGGUAUUUGACAGACUGGAACAAAUAUCUGCCACAAGUGGUAGGGGCGUAUAAUAGCACGCAACAUUCAACAACUGGGAUCAGUCCCUUCAUGAUGUUAACAGGCAGGAAGAGAGCGAUGCCCCUGACUUUCUUCUAUCCGGAAUAUGAAGGGCAAAAGACAUCGCCUCACGCCUAUGUGAAGGAAGCAGUCAGAAGACAACAGGAAUUGAACGAGCUGUGCAGAAAGAAUACAGCACAAGCACAGAUGAGACAGCGCAGGAAGUAUGAUGGAAAAAUACUUCGGGCGAAAUCAUAUGCCGUGGGACAAUAUGUCUGGGUGUUCCAGAAUGUCACACUUCCAAAAGAGACAAAAAAGCGACUAAAGAAAUGGAGAGGACCGUUCAUGAUAACGGAAGUGCACCAGCAGGGUCGGAUCUAUCGCUUGAGGACAAGGCGUGCGGCGCACUACGAAAAUCUGAAACCUCACGUCCCAUCACCGGAAGACUGGUGCGUACCACAGAACAUGGAAGGACUCGAGUACCUGCUGGUGGAGCCAGCAUGCGAGGUAAAUGAGAACGGCACCAGAGAGAAGAAUGAUGGCAACGAGAACAUGAGGACAACGAAAAGAUAG